GCGAUAUAGUAUUCUGCAGCACCGAAUAGUGCCAGAGAUAAAAAAUUUAAUUGAGAAUUGGCUAACUGUAAUGUUAUUGAAACAGUGCAGACUUCAGCAUAUUUACAAAGUCGAGAAAAAAGUGGCAGUAAAAAAGAGAAUCGCAGUCCAUCCGGAUACCAUGUUCAGAAAUUGUACAAUUUGUCAAACAUUUACAUUCUGGGCAAUGAACGCAUCAAGAGCAAACCAACCGAGAAACAACAAGACGCCGAUAGAUUCAAAAAGACCGCAAAGCGCCUAAGGAUCUCCCGUAAAAUCAGUUUUGAUUAUUGGUCAGAUUUGGAUAAGUUACAAUUAUCGAAUCAAAUAAAGAUUCCCACUAGAUAGGCAAGACACGUCGCACGAAAUUGCUCUUAUAGAGACAACCUCGACGGUGAACAGAUUCUGGGAACUGGUGGAAGAAAGAUGAAGCUAUUAGAGAGCUCCCGAUUCGAAGCAAUAAAUAAUGCGCUUUCGAUACAAACUGGCGGAAUCACAAUUUUCGGACGAAUAGAAAGCUAUUCCUGCAAAAUGGUUGCAGCUGAGAAGGUAUUAUACAAACGAUUUACAGCUGAGACGCACGGGCAUGAUUUGCAAGCGCUGUCGCCUCCGCAAACUUUGUCGGAUCUUUCACCAAACUUUCAUCGCAAUAACAGUCAAUCAGGGGAUGAAGGCGUAAUCUUAUGUGACACAAUCUCUCGAAAAACUUUAUUUUACUUGAUUGCAACUUUAAAUGCGUCCUUUGAGCCCGAUUAUGAUUUUUCAGACGCAAAGUCUCAUGAAUUUAGUAAGGAACCUUCCUUGCCAUGGGUUAUGAAUUCGGUUCAUUCAAAUUUAUCAGCUUUAGCUGGGGACCAGUACCAGGUUUUGCGCCAACCGUUGUGGUCAGCCGUAGAUGAUGAAAUUAAUUUAUCGGAAUGCGAUAUAUAUAGCUAUAAUCCGGACUUAAGCUCAGAUCCGUUUGGAGAACCUGGUUGUUUAUGGUCUUUCAAUUAUUUCUUCUACAACAAGAAGUUGAAGCGCAUUGUAUUCUUUACUAGUCGCGCCGUAAAUUCACUCUAUGCUGGAGAAACAUCCGAUUUUUCUAUGGAAGAAGAUCUAUACUAACGAGUUCUUAGCCUUCGAUUUUAUUUUCACAAUGAUCAUUUUGGCAUAUAAGUACGAGAAGGGAAAUGGAUGGAAUUGUGUACUUCAGUGUCAGACAUGCUAUGGAUGCAAACUGAUCUUUAUACGCAUCACGAACAUGAUUAUAUCUAAGAACAAUAAUAUUUAAUCAAGUACUUUAUUCAAAACAAUAUUAAUAUGCGUUCUUUGAAAAUAAACCUAAGUUUCCAUACA